AAGCGUGACCGGCGGCAACAGACCGAUAUCGACUAUCGUUCUGGAAAGAGUAACCGCCCAACGAUGGGGCGUCUCAAGGUUGGUAAAGUGUGCAAGAGUGGCCUCAGUGUGCUGUUGUGUUUGACCCUUCUGUGUCAAGUGCUGGUAGUGAAUGGUGAAGCAAUAGACAAUGCAACUUUGCUAUCAUCCGAUGGUGCAGUUCCGGUCGAUGCAUCAGAAGCUCUUGAAGAAUCAGUAGCGAAAGAUACAUGGAAUGGGGAUGAUUUGUCGACGAGUGCAGCAGGCACGACGCCUUCAUGGGCCAGACCAGGUCCUCCUAUGAGCUGGACGGCCGCUGAUGUGAAUUCUACGGCAAUUUCAACCAGUUCCACCCCUACGUGGAACGAAACGGCUCCUGAAGGGAGUUCUACGUGGAAUCCUACAGGAUCAACUCCAUCGUGGAAUGCCACUGACCCGCCGCUGAACUGGACGACUCCUGACGUGAACUCUACGUGGAAUCCUACUGGUUCAACUCCUGCUUGGAAUACUACGGAUCCUCCGCUGAAUUGGACAACUCCUGAUGUGAAUUCUACAUGGAAUCCAACCGGUUCAACUCCUGUUUGGAAUACUACUGAUCCUUCGCUGAAUUGGACGACUCCUGAUGUGAAUUCUACAUGGAAUCCAACUGGUUCAACGCCUGUCUGGAAUGCUACUGAUCCGCCCUUGAACUGGACGACUCCUGAUGUGAAUUCUACAUGGAAUCCAACCGGUUCAACUCCUGUUUGGAAUACUACUGACCCACCGCUGAACUGGACGACUCCUGAUGUGAAUUCUACAUGGAAUCCAACCGGUUCAACUCCUGCUUGGAAUACUACUGAUCCUUCGCUGAAUUGGACAACUCCUGAUGUGAAUUCUACAUGGAAUCCAACUGGUUCAACUCCUGUUUGGAAUACUACUGAUCCUCCGCUGAAUUGGACGACUCCUGAUGUGAAUUCUACAUGGAAUCCAACUGGUUCAACGCCUAUCUGGAAUGCCACUGACCCGCCGCUGAACUGGACGACUCCUGACGUGAACUCUACGUGGAAUCCUACUGGUUCAACUCCUGCUUGGAAUACUACUGACCCGUCGCUGAAUUGGACGACUCCUGAUGUGAACUCAACUUGGAAUCCUACCGGUUCAACUCCUGUUUGGAAUGUUACUGAACCGCCCCUGAACUGGACAACUCCUGAAACGAACUCAACUUGGAAUCCGACCGGUUCAACUCCUAUUUGGAAUACUACUGACCCACCGCUGAAUUGGACGACUCCUGAUGUGAAUUCUACAUGGAAUCCAACCGGUUCAACUCCUGUUUGGAAUACUACAAAUCCACCCCUAAAUUGGACAACUCCUGAUGUGAAUUCUACAUGGAAUCCUACCGGAUCAACUCCUGUUUGGAAUACUACUGAUCCUUCGCUGAAUUGGACAACUCCUGACACGAACUCAACUUGGAAUCCUACCGGUUCAACGCCUAUUUGGAAUACUACUGACCCACCGCUGAACUGGACGACUCCUGAUGUGAAUUCUACAUGGAAUCCAACCGGUUCAACUCCUGCUUGGAAUACUACUGAUCCUUCGCUGAAUUGGACAACUCAUGAUGUGAAUUCUACAUGGAAUCCAACCGGUUCAACUCCUGUUUGGAAUACUACUGAUCCUCCGCUGAAUUGGACAACUCCUGACGUGAACUCUACAUGGAAUCCUACCGGUUCAACUCCUGUUUGGAAUACUACUGACCCACCGCUGAAUUGGACGACUCCUGAUGUGAAUUCUACAUGGAAUCCAACUGGUUCAACGCCUAUCUGGAAUGCUACUGAUCCGCCCUUGAACUGGACGACUCCUGACGUGAACUCUACAUGGAAUCCUACCGGUUCAACUCCUGUUUGGAAUACUACUGAUCCUUCGCUGAAUUGGACGACUCCUGACGUGAACUCUACAUGGAAUCCUACCGGUUCAACUCCUAUCUGGAAUACUACAAAUCCACCCCUAAAUUGGACAACUCCUGAUGUGAAUUCUACAUGGAAUCCUACCGGAUCAACUCCUGUUUGGAAUACUACUGAUCCUUCGCUGAAUUGGACAACUCCUGACACGAACUCAACUUGGAAUCCUACCGGUUCAACGCCUAUUUGGAAUACUACUGACCCACCGCUGAACUGGACGACUCCUGAUGUGAAUUCUACAUGGAAUCCAACCGGUUCAACUCCUGCUUGGAAUACUACUGAUCCUUCGCUGAAUUGGACAACUCCUGAUGUGAAUUCUACAUGGAAUCCAACUGGUUCAACUCCUGUUUGGAAUACUACUGAUCCUCCGCUGAAUUGGACGACUCCUGAUGUGAAUUCUACAUGGAAUCCAACUGGUUCAACGCCUAUCUGGAAUGCCACUGACCCGCCGCUGAACUGGACGACUCCUGACGUGAACUCUACGUGGAAUCCUACUGGUUCAACUCCUGCUUGGAAUACUACUGACCCGUCGCUGAAUUGGACGACUCCUGAUGUGAACUCAACUUGGAAUCCUACCGGUUCAACUCCUGUUUGGAAUGUUACUGAACCGCCCCUGAACUGGACAACUCCUGAAACGAACUCAACUUGGAAUCCGACCGGUUCAACUCCUAUUUGGAAUACUACUGACCCACCGCUGAAUUGGACGACUCCUGAUGUGAAUUCUACAUGGAAUCCAACCGGUUCAACUCCUGUUUGGAAUACUACAAAUCCACCCCUAAAUUGGACAACUCCUGAUGUGAAUUCUACAUGGAAUCCUACCGGAUCAACUCCUGUUUGGAAUACUACUGAUCCUUCGCUGAAUUGGACAACUCCUGACACGAACUCAACUUGGAAUCCUACCGGUUCAACGCCUAUUUGGAAUACUACUGACCCACCGCUGAACUGGACGACUCCUGAUGUGAAUUCUACAUGGAAUCCAACCGGUUCAACUCCUGCUUGGAAUACUACUGAUCCUUCGCUGAAUUGGACAACUCAUGAUGUGAAUUCUACAUGGAAUCCAACCGGUUCAACUCCUGUUUGGAAUACUACUGAUCCUCCGCUGAAUUGGACAACUCCUGACGUGAACUCUACAUGGAAUCCUACCGGUUCAACUCCUGUUUGGAAUACUACUGACCCACCGCUGAAUUGGACGACUCCUGAUGUGAAUUCUACAUGGAAUCCAACUGGUUCAACGCCUAUCUGGAAUGCUACUGAUCCGCCCUUGAACUGGACGACUCCUGACGUGAACUCUACAUGGAAUCCUACCGGUUCAACUCCUGUUUGGAAUACUACUGAUCCUUCGCUGAAUUGGACGACUCCUGACGUGAACUCUACAUGGAAUCCUACCGGUUCAACUCCUAUCUGGAAUACUACAAAUCCACCCCUAAAUUGGACAACUCCUGAUGUGAAUUCUACAUGGAAUCCUACCGGAUCAACUCCUGUUUGGAAUACUACUGAUCCUUCGCUGAAUUGGACAACUCCUGACACGAACUCAACUUGGAAUCCUACCGGUUCAACGCCUAUUUGGAAUACUACUGACCCACCGCUGAACUGGACGACUCCUGAUGUGAAUUCUACAUGGAAUCCAACCGGUUCAACUCCUGCUUGGAAUACUACUGAUCCUUCGCUGAAUUGGACAACUCAUGAUGUGAAUUCUACAUGGAAUCCAACCGGUUCAACUCCUGUUUGGAAUACUACUGAUCCUCCGCUGAAUUGGACAACUCCUGACGUGAACUCUACAUGGAAUCCAACCGGUUCAACUCCUGUUUGGAAUACUACUGAUCCUUCGUUGAAUUGGACAACUCCUGACACGAACUCUACAUGGAAUCCUACCGGUUCAACUCCUGUUUGGAAUACUACAAAUCCACCCCUAAAUUGGACAACUCCUGAUGUGAAUUCUACAUGGAAUCCAACCGGUUCAACGCCUGUCUGGAAUGCUACUGAUCCGCCCUUGAACUGGACGACUCCUGACGUGAACUCUACAUGGAAUCCUACCGGUUCAACUCCUGUUUGGAAUACUACUGAUCCUUCGCUGAAUUGGACGACUCCUGACGUGAACUCUACAUGGAAUCCUACCGGUUCAACUCCUAUCUGGAAUGCUACUGUCCCUCCUGUAAAUUGGACGACGCCUGAUGCGAACUAUACAUGGCUUCCGUAUGUUUCUACACCCUCUCAUAAUGAUUCGACUCCCGAUGCAAACUCUACGUAUAAUCCAACUGGAUCUACACCUACACAAAGCCUCUCAACGACGACAGCACCAACGACUUUACCACCAGCAGUGUCCACCCAAAAACAUCCUAUGGACCGCAGACCAACGAGAAGAACUACACCUCCCCCGACAACGACAACUACUAAGCAAGCCAUCCGUGUAAAGCCCAUCGAUCGUACGCCGACUAAGCGCAUUCGGCCACAGCUCUUGCGGCCGAAGGCACAUUUCGAUAGCAGAGCUAGAUAAACGCGGAUACACAACAUCCGCUUCGAUGCGCCCGGCGGUAGGUGUGCAUCUCAAGUAGCCGAUUCCUCGAAGUCGAUUGAUAUCAAUUCGGACCCGAUGCGCCACCGAUAACCGAUGAAAGGCGUUUCGUGUACCGUAGCAACAGAUACGAAACGGAAGUCCCUAGUACAUAGGUCUGCUGGUUGAUGGCGCGUGCAAAAAGUGCCUUUAUGUAAAUUGAAUAUAUCCUUAUCUCAGCAAUACACUGGUAGCGCGUAAUGUGGUCGUUAUGUAGGUAGGAACGAUGGAUAUGAAAAAUUUGUACGAAUGAAAGAAGAAAAAGCUGGGUACAUGCAUGUUUAGACAGGUUGAUUACAUUUGGAUAUUUUUGGCAGCAAUUUAAUGAUGCUCAACACUGCCGUCUGUUGAGGUAGGUUGGGCGGGCCUCCUUUAUGUAGAAGAGUCUUCUUGAACGGGUGUUAGGAUAUAGUAACACCACUUAGUAAAUAUAUAAAGAGUAUGAAAUGU